AUGGAAGAGCUAAAGCAAUCGAGGGUCGAGCAGAUAGCUGCUGCCCGAGUCGAAGCGAUCGAGUCAUUUUUGAGUUCAGAGGAGUUGAGGAGCUACAUCAUGGAUCAGAUGGUGGCGAUGCAGCUGCGCUGGGAGGAGAGGGUGGCGAUGUUCAACCCUUCGGUGGAGAUUAACUUUGAUACGAGUGGUGAGCCCCCUUCACCUGGUCCCACCACCGAUGCUGCUCGAGAGCCAGAGCCAGAGCCAGCCACUACGGAUGCCCCUUCUACCGAGUCUUGA